GCACGACAUGGCCAUCAAGGACGCCGACGAGUGCGCGGCGCUGUGCCCCGACUGGGACAAGCCGCUCGCGCGCCGCGCGAUGGCGCUCGCCUCGCUCUCGCCGGCCUCGGCCGCCACCUCGAGGCUGCAGACGCGUUCGAUGCCGCCGCCGCAAAGUGCACCGGCGCAGAGGCGGCGCCAGGCGGCAUGCACGGCUCGGGCGCCAAGGCGAGGGGAGAGACGGAGACGCUCCCAAGACUUCCCGAGACUUCGAGACCCUUCCGAGACCCUUCCGAGACCCUUCCGAGACCCUUCCGGGACGCCUCACUGCCCCCGAGCCCUCCCUGCGCGCGCGCCGAGUACGGCCGGCUCGCGACGGCGCAGCGCGAGUUUGCGGCCGAGGCGGAGAAGAAGGCGGAGGAGGCGCGGCUGGUCGAGGCGGAGAAGGCGGAGCGGCGGCGGCGCGAGGCGCAGCAGCGCGAGGCGAGAUGUAGCCGAGAUGUAGCCGAGAUGCAGCCGAGAUGCAGCCGGGGUGUAGCCGGGGUGUAG